AAUAUCAAGAUAACAGAAUAAUGUACGAAUGAUAAAUUGUAGAAAAUUGGAGAAGCAGUGAGAAAGGUAUAAGGAAGCACACCUUAAUCUUGUAAGGAAGCUACCAUCUAAGAAUGAUGAAAAUGUUUGAGGAAGACGCCGGCUUUGAUUUUGUGAAGAUGAAGACACAUGUUCUUAAGGUCCACAUUCACUGUCAAGGUUGCAUGCGUAAAGUGAAGAAAGUGCUUCGAAAAAUCCAAGGCGUCUACGAAGUGAAUAUCGAUGCUGAUGAAGCACACAAGGUGACGGUGUUGGGAAAUGUUGAUGGCGAAAAAUUGAUCAAGAAACUAGUUCAAUCUGGUAAACAUGCUGAGUUUUGGCCAGUUGGCUCGACUGAGUGGCUAGAACUAGAAGAUGAAGCCUAUCCGAGCAAUGAUGUCCCGGGAUUAGAGAGUUACAUGAAGAGCAACAAUCAAAUGGCAAUACCAGACAUGUACAAUGAGCUUACUGGUUGGAGUGGGGGCAGCAUUGAUCGCGGACUGAUGUUCAGAACUGAUUUCCCGGGUAGCAAUGAUAAUGAUCCCGGAGAAUUAUACAGGUCUGGAAACUUGUGUGCAGGGUUACCAGCAUACAGUAGUUAUCAGUUUCAACACCCUGCAACGAUGAAUACCAGAGGAUGGUAUGGAAAUCCGUAUCCCCAAUGGUGUGGAAAUCUGUAUCCCCUGAUGUAGAGCAACACCGAGCAGACAUGUAUUUUUCCCUUGCUUUCGUAUCUUAGAGAUCGGUUAUUUGACAGUGUGUUUGAGACUCCUAUAUGAUAGACCGUUACAUAUAA